AUGUCUUUCCCGAAAACGAUCCAGGCGAUUGCGAUCAACAAGAAUGGAGAGGUCGAUGUCAUCAACAAGGAGGCCGUACCCUUCCCCGAGCAUGUACCUGGGAAUGUCAUCGUUAAGGUCAACUAUGGCGGUGUUAACUACAUCGACACCUACUUCAGGAAGGGUCUCUACCCAACGAAGUCGUUCCCUCACACGCUUGGGCUGGAGGCGUCAGGCACCAUUGCGGCUCUGCCCACAGAUGAGAAGGUACUGAAUAACGAGCAGUACAAGAAGCGCGGGUUCAAGGUCGGGGACAGGGUAGCUAUAUACACUGCUGCAGCGCAUGCAGAGUAUACAUCUGUUCCAUGGGUCAAGGUCUUCGCAGUCCCCAACAAUGUCUCUCUCCUCAUCGCAGGUGCUGCCGUGGUGCAAGGCCUCACUGCACUAACCUUCAUUACGGAGUCAUACGACGUCAAGAAGGGUGACUAUGUCUUCGUGCACACCGUCGCCGGCGGGCUCGGUCUGCUCUUCGCCCAGUUGGCGAAGCACCGCGGUGCGAUCGUGAUCGGCACGACAUCGACGCAGGAGAAGGCGGACAUUGCAAAGGAGCACGGCGCGGACCACGUCAUCCUCUACCCCAUCACGAAGGGAGAGGGCGUACAUGUCAUCUACGAUGGGGUCGGGAAGGAUACGUUCGAGGACAACUUCAAAUUUAUACAGAGGAAGGGCACGAUCGUUUGUCUCGGAAAUGCAUCUGGAGCUGUGCCGCCUUUCCCACCCCUCAAGCUGGUCGAGAAGAACGUGAAGCUGCUGCGGCCUUCUGCGGGCAAUUACAUCGUCACGCCGGAAGAGUCGCUCCAAUACGGGACAGAGCUCUUCCAGCUGAUCGCGAGUGGCGUCGCCAAGAUCAGCGUAUACAAAGAGUACCCCUUCACGGCGGAUGGUGCGCGGGAAGCACAGACGGACCUGACGCAGCGGGGCGGAAAGACCUUUGGAAAGCUGGUUAUCAAGAUCGCAGACGAGUAG